AUGCCUCCGCCGCUGGCGACUGGCGCGCCUGCAAAGGCCGCUAUAAAGGCGCACAGGGCCGUUGCUUUCUUCACCUCAGCGGGUGGCAGUCACUGCCUUGUCGGUAUGGUCGCCUCUACGCCGACCAUUACUCAAAGUGACGGCACCAUCGCCGUGCUUGUGCAGCCACGCCCGCUCAUCCUGGUUGCUCCUCAGAGGCAGCAGGAUGCGAGUAAGAACGGAGGAUUGGUUACUGGGCACCUCGUCAGCGCAUCUGACCCCUGCGUCGGAGGUCUCAUCACAACCGCCAUUUCAUCACCCAGGCAUGCAAAAGGCAACAGCAGUGCUGCAUCGUCUCUAAACGUGGGCGAUGUGGGCACCGUGAUGCCAGUUGAGGAGCUGCGAGAGAUGCUAGAGCAUCGAGACAUCCUUAAAGAGGACCUCGGAUCCAGCAAAGCCCGAGUGCGCGCCAUCGACGAACUUCUUCGAGACCAUACACAGCAGAAACACAGCAGCGCCACAGCAGCAUCCGCGCCUAACCCACUGCAGGCACCGCCCCCGCUGAAGGAGCACCUCCAUGCAGCUCGAAAGAGCGUCGAUGUCGCAGCAAAGGCCGCCAGAACUGCCGAGAAGGAGUUGCUGCUCGCACGCGCCGGACUACGAACGGUGAAGCCGCUCGCAUGGAUCGAUCUACAGCGGCGCCGUAGCGUUUCAUCUUCUCAGUUGUUGGUGAGUCUCAUAGAAACCGCUGUGGCGCCACUGCACGACCGCAUGUGUGCGUCAUUUAAUGACGUGGUAAUGCAAGCAGCCUCUCUGCCAAAGCGGCUCGCUGCCGUGAAGCCGAUGAGUGUGACAGUCGAUGAUACACAGCGGACGCUACGCUUCCUGAAGGCGUGGCCGGCCGUAGCGGCUGUCGAGAAGGAGCACAAGACCGCCGCUGCUCUGUACCGGUGGGUCGCUGCGCUCACCAAGGCGGCGGAGGCUCAGCAGCACCUGAGUGCAGCGCAGAAAGCACUCGCGGAAACAGCUUCGCAGAGCCCUGGUGCUGCACGGCAGUCGAAAGCGAUGGCGAGGUCAUCUGAGCCUUUAUCGCAGCCACCCCAAAAGCUCGGCUCUGUGGCAGAGGCGGCUCUGCGUAAGGAGCGCAAGGAUUACAUAGAGUACGUGCAGAUGGCAGAAGACGAGCUAGCCGCCUUAGAUGCUCUCAUAGCCGAGGCCGAGGCGCUGACCACCUCGUCCUGUCCCAAUGCCCAGGACUCGCCGGAAGGUGCAAAGACUAUUGUGCCGGCUUUGGUCGUGCCGGCAUCGUGGGUGGUCUGCGCAUUGCCAGUGGAAGAAGUUCCUCUAAUAGAGGCGUGCACCCACCAACCGCUUGGCAAGUCAGUAGAGUUUUCUAGUAGUGCGAGUCUCAUGCUGUCGUCAGUGACGAAGCCGCAGGAUCUUAUAGUACCCGAGCUGAGCCUUGCCGAGAUGCACAAGGAAUCCUCUGUUAGCGAGAAGAAGAGUAAUGGCUACCGAGGCACUGGUGUGAAUCAAUCCACCAGCAGCCCGCGAACUGCGGCUACUGCUCCUACGGGUGCGGAGAACGCGGCUCUUGUCCCAGUCACCGAAAUCGCCGCCGCAAGGAAGCGUGCAGAGGACGCGGAGGAAAAAACACGGCUGCUUGAGGCUCGCCUUUCCGCCGCCCUUCAGCAGAACCCGAGGGAGAUGGAAGUGCAGUUGCUGCGUGACGAACUGGAUGCGAAGCGCACAGAGCUGCAUCGUGUCACAGAGGAGCGAGAUCGGCUCCUGCAGGAGCGAUGCGAGAGAAGCUCUCGAUACGCGUCCAACGCGUGGCGUUCCAUGGCAGACGGUGCAUACGGCGAUGACACAUCUCAGUCCGGGUCUGGCCAGUGUGUGCAGCAGCCGUCAACCCCGCGCGACACUGUCGACCGCAGCGUUGUCGAAGAGCUGGAGGAUCAGCUGACAGCUGCUCAUCAGCGCAUCUCUGAGCUUCUCAUAGAGGUGGGCGAGUCGAGCUGCCGACCACCAACACUAGCAGCCCUCUUUGCGGCACAGAGAGUCGUCAAAAGUGGCUGCGUUACCAGCGCGCAAGGCGACCGCUCACACAUCUCUGUGCGGCAGUCGCCAUCAGCGGAGGGGAUCAACAGCGCACCGCACUCCACCAGCGGCACGCCGUGGCAGCGGUCACCGAGAGGUACUGUUGUGUCGCCGGGUCGACUCCCGUCUCUGCCAACGAUAACACCGGAUAUGUAUGAUGACCUGCAAGCUCGCCUGUGCGCUGUCUCAGCCGAGCUGGAGGCCCAGCGGCAAGGGACACACCGGCUGGAAGAACAGCUCAACGAUGCACUGCACCGGAAAGGUGAGGCGGAGCAAAUUGUGUCGGCGCAGCAGCACGAGCUCGAAGAGGUGUGGGAGAAGCUUGAGGCAGCGGAGGCCCGCGCCGAGGAGCAGCACCUGCUUACCCAACAGCGUCUCUUUCUCACUCAGGCGCAGUACUUUCCUUCACAACCGCACAUGCUUACGCCGCUGUCCUCCUCGUCCACCAUGGCCAACACCAACUUUUCCCAAACUCAGAAACCUCCCUUGGCGUCUGCGAGUUCGCCGACACCGCACACGCACCUCGCACUCAGUGUGCAGGAUGCCUUUACCAACGACUCAACGCUAGGUGCCGCUGACGCAGAGGUCAGAUCGCAGGUUGACGAGGAUGCCAUGACAGCUGUUACCAGCGCGAACACCGCCUGUGGCAGCGCGUCUCCCCUGUCGAUGGACGUGUACUCGCAUAGCCUGAGGAGUAGCGUAUUUCCGACCUUUGGAGGUGGCAGUGGUGGAGUGGCUGCCGUGGCAGCAGCAGCCACUGCGGCGGACCCCUCCGUUGCCAGCCCUUACAGCCGCGGGCCCUCGGCUCUCCAAUCGAGACCGGUGGAAAAGCUAAGCAUGAUUGAGCUACGACACGAGGUACACCGCCUCCGUGAAGAGGUGGAGCGGUACCAGUCUGGAGAGCUGCGAAUGGCGAUGGAGCUACAAACGCUGCGCGAGAAGCAAAAGGCGGAACGCAAGCGUCGCCGUGAUGCACGCGCGGCCCGCAUGCAGAUGCUGGUGCGCAUGCAGGGUAACAUCGCCGGCGUUAUUGAGAGGUCCACGAAUGAGCUGGAGGCGAUCCCGGUCCUGCUCGAGCGCUGCCGUGCGGAAGCAGAGGCCCUCAUGGAAACGCGUCGAAUGGGUCGGUAG